GGACAGUGGGUUCUGCAAAUUUUGCUGGUGUUGCGAUUCGCUAACUCUAUGACAAAUUCUAGCAAUGUCUGGCCAUGAUUGAUGAAGCGGCGAGCUGAUGGUGGGAGAAAAGAGAGAUUCGAGUGGAUUUAGUGUUUUGAGUGGGAAGAAGAAGAAGAAGAAGAAGAGGCGCGAUGAAGAAGAACUAGGGUGGCCUCUGACGAAUUUUGCAGAACAGGGAAGAGGAAUAGUCUGGGGGAUGAAGGAGAUGGAUCGGGAAAAUGGCCCCUCUGUUUCUUCAAUUUUAAUUUUAUGGGUUAUAGGUAUAAUAUACCCCUCCACUAUGACGUUUUAUCAAACAUGCCCCUCUACUAUUUUUUACAUCAAACAUGCC